CCACUCAAUUCAUUAGCUUCUCUCUCUCGAUCUCGGUUUCUCGAUCGACGACUGCUCUCUCUGAACCGGAGACGGCGUCACGGGACGAAUCUAAUCGCCGGGAAACUGUUGUUUAUUCUUUUUGUCGUUUUUUUUUGGAAAAUCGAAUUGAAUCUCCGGCGAUCUGAUCGGGAUGAGUAACAGCGAGCUUCUCACCGUGGAGCCUCUCGAUCUUCAAUUCCCUUUUGAAUUGAAGAAGCAGAUCUCUUGCUCUCUGUAUUUGACGAACAAGACCGACAAUAAUGUUGCCUUUAAGGUUAAGACUACGAAUCCGAAAAAGUACUGUGUUAGGCCUAACACUGGAGUUGUUCUUCCCAGGUCUACUUGUGAAGUUCUUGUGACCAUGCAAGCUCAAAAGGAAGCUCCUUCAGAUAUGCAGUGCAAGGACAAGUUUCUGCUCCAAGGUGUGAUAGCUAGUCCUGGCGUCACAGCCAAGGAAGUUACUCCUGAGAUGUUUAGCAAAGAGGCUGGACAUCUAGUUGAGGAGACUAAACUGAGAGUUACUUAUGUUGCUCCACCACGACCACCAUCACCGGUUCACGAAGGAUCUGAAGAGGGUUCUUCACCCAGGGCUUCUGUCUCAGAUAAUGGACAUGGUUCUGAGUUUUCUUUUCAGAGAUUUAGCGUGGACAGGGCUGAACCUCAAGAAAACACAUCUGAGGCGAGGGCUCUGAUCACCAAGCUAACCGAAGAAAAACAGUCUGCCAUUCAACUGAACAACAGACUUCAAAGAGAACUGGAUCAGUUAAGGCGUGAAAGCAAGAAGAGCCAAAGUGGUGGUAUCCCAUUCAUGUACGUUCUUCUGGUCGGACUCAUCGGUCUAAUUUUGGGAUACAUUCUGAAGAGGACAUAAACCACCCACCUGAAUUUAAUCCCUCACCCGCCACGAAGGAAGAAAAACAAAAUAGACUUUUAACUCUUUUCAGUCGGACAUUUUUUUCACUUCUGUAUUUGUCAAUUUCGCCUUAAAAAGGUGUCCUAGAAGAUUUGUGUUUCGUAACUCAGUUUGCUUUGUCUUUUCAACUUUUGUAAUCCAAAUGAUUUUGCGUUGGUUCUUUCUCCACUAAUUCUUAUCUUUCUUAACAAAAAA